GGGGGAGCGCGGGGCUGGAGGAGUACCUCGGCCAAGAAAAUUAUGCAUGCGUUAGGCAAGCUCUGAGAGAAUGGCUGUGGAAGCUCUCCACUGUGGUUUGAAUCCACGGGGUAUUGAUCACCCUGCCCAUGCUGAAGGAAUUAAACUGCAAAUUGAAGGUGAAGGUGUAGACUCUCAAUCCAUUAAAAACAAAAAUUUCCAGAAGGUUUCUGACCAAAAAGGAACCCCCAAGAAACUGCAGGGAGAAGCUGAGACAUCAAAGUCAGCUACAGUGAAGCUGUCAAAACCAGUGGCCCUGUGGACUCAGCAGGAUGUCUGCAAGUGGUUGAAGAAACACUGUCCAAAUCAGUAUCAGAUCUACAGUGAGUCAUUCAAACAACACGACAUAACUGGGCGAGCCCUGCUGAGACUCACAGACAAGAAGCUGGAGCGCAUGGGGAUCGCCCAGGAGAACCAAAGGCAGCACAUCCUGCAGCAGGUGCUCCAACUGAAGGUGCGGGAAGAAGUCAGAAACCUGCAGUUACUCACACAAGCCGCAGCAGAGGGUUCUUUAUAAACAUGCUAGCCUUGCAAGCUGCUGUCCUGCCAGUGGAUGUGAGCUUGGCCUGUUCCCCAGGGAAAGACUUACUCAUGGCACCACCAGAAGAGAUCCUUGGAGCACUGACAGAUUAACUGGAUUAAUUGAGAAAACGUCUAUUUUAUGGACGUUUGUCAAGAUUAUGGACUUUGGGAGAAAAAAAAAUCUUAGUUUGCUGUGGAUUUUCAAAUGAGGUGCAUAACAUACAGUGCCAACUCGUUGGCAGUCAUUGGCAGACCAUUAGCUGGAAACUCCCUUCCAGUUUUCAUCACUGUGCAUCACUCAAGUUCCCCUUGGGCUCCCUCUGUGCCCUCCACUAGAAGUCCUGUUUUAGCAUGGCAACCACAGGAUUAUUUCAUUAAGUGUGCAGACGGCAUGAUGUUUUAGAAAAAAAGAGUUCUGCAAUCUCAGUGGAAGGGUUCAAAAUAUUAGGCCCUGGUGGGAAUGUAAACAUGUCUAGAUCAUGUUAGUUACAUCCAAUGCUGAACCACUUUAUAUGAGAACACUACACUGGGAUAAAAUAGCACAUUUGGUACAUGUAGGAAAACAGAUGUUUUCUCUUUUCUUUAUAAUUCUUGUCUUAUUUCUGGCUCAGACUGUCUAAGACAAACUGUACUCCUAGUAUACUCCUAGUUGUUUGUGGUGUAAAUAUGGCCACAAUACUGUUAGACUUUACCUGUUGACACUUAACUGGAUAGCUGGAUUACUCAUAGCACAAGGGGAGGUAAGAAUCAAGCCUGAUGGCUGGAAUAUUUGAAGUCUCAGUUCUUUGUACCCGGCACAACUUAACACAUGGCAUAAUGACACUCUGUACAAAAUACUUCUCUUUGGCUAAUGCAUACAUACUCUUGUCCCUUAGAGGAGAUCUUCAGACACAAAAGAGGAUAGCCUUCUUUCCAUCAAAGACCACUGUGGAUUGAUGCCAAGGGCAGCAGGACACAAUCUUCCUCAGUGGUCCCACUUCCACACUUAGGAAAACUUCCAAAGGUCAAUUUAAGUCACAGUUCUAGAGAGAAGCAUCAAAUGACCCCCCCACUCUGUGCCUAGAGAAGGAACACAUCUAGCCAACACUAGGUUUCUUCUUCAGCAUAGAAUUUACUCUUCCCUUUUAUGUAUAUAUGACUUCCUUUUUUAAUGUGAAUUUCAACAAAGCAUAGUCCUGGAAAACCCUUCAGUUCAGUGAUUGCUUACCAGGACACUAGGAAAGUGUUCAUUCAUAGGGAUUGCUCCUUUGUGAUACAUUAGCAUCUUUUCCCGGGAAAUAGAAACUUGGCUGAAUCCAAAACUCAGCAAAGUGUGUUAUGAGCACCCAUUAACCUAACCUGAGAGCAACAGGAAUCAGAGAUUAAUAUUUAAAAUAGAUGUAACAACUUCUGGAACCCUUCCAGCAUAAGCAAGUAAGACAUUUUGCAUUAUUCCAAACAUUCAUUGGCUGUCUUGACUUGGUGUCUCAGGAAGCAGAAAGUCCUGAAUGAGAUACACAUAGGACAUCUGUCUACAGGAUGGCUCUUAUCAGGAUGUGUGCUAGAGAAGGGGCUACCAACAGGGAACUCCAAGAAAUGAUUGUUACCAUGAGAUUGGGACUUUAUACAAAUCACCAUCAAACCUACCACAGACCAUAAUUCUCUAAGAAGCUGGCAUUGAUAGUCCAAACCCAGGCUGCCAACAUUCCAUCUGUAUGACCCAUCCACUUUGCCUUAGUUCCAACAACAGGGUUUAUGGAUCCCACCAUUCCUUCUUUUGAGCCAAGUUCUUGAGCCAAGAACUGUAUGUACUGAGUCAACUCCAGUAUGUAAAGCACACUCUACCUGCUUCUACUUAAUUAUUUCUUUCUCUCAAACACCCCCCUCCUUUCCCACAGUGUAAACUGAAUGGAGACACCCACAUCACCUUACCACAGAAACAUAGGAAAAUGUUCAUGGCAGACUGUAGUCAGAUCCCUUGCCUGAAUGAGUGGGCAGCUACACAGCACAAAUAGAACCUUUCUAAACAGCCAACUAAGUUGAUCAGAGCUUCCUGAAGCAGCUGUUAGUUGCUUUCUUUGAUGCCCACUCCAGUCCCUAUACUUCCAAUGUUUCUAUAGACACUAUUAUUUAUCACUAUGCUGGAUUCUCUGAGAUGCCAAUUCUGUAACUACUCUAAAGACCCUGAAUUGGUUCUAAUGAAUCCUAUAAACCCUGCCAGGUGCUGAGAUAUUGUAGCUGGGAAUUAACUGAUUGUAUUCAGUGAUAUUCUGAGACUCCAGCUAACACCCUUGGAAAACAUUGUAGUGCAGAGGUCCACUAAAUUAUCAUGGGCUAUCAUUAUUUUGGCUUUUGCAAAAUAAUCUGAGUAAUUAAAAAGAGUUGCCUCUUUUUUUUUUUUUUUUUUUUUGAGUCAGAGGAAUACUGCAACGUUAUUAAAAGAUAAUGGCUAAAGAUGAAAGUGGGAAAAGGCAAAAUGAAAGCCCUUAAAGAGCCCAGUUGAAAAUGGUAUCUCUAAAUAUGCCUUACUGCCUGGCACAAUCUACAUAUUUGCAUAUGAGCCCAUAUUGUUUUUGAAACGGUCGACCUCUGUUUAAAAUGAUUAUAGGUUAGGAAACACAGUGGCACAAAAAUCUGUGCAUGCACUAGCAAAACCAGAAAAAUGGAGAAAUGAUUUUAUUCACAGUCUUCGGCUUCCUUGUUGUAUGGGGAUUCUUUGUGAAACUGCCUUAUGGUUACUUCUUGCUGUGCUAUGUGUGUUUGUGUGUGCGGGGCGGCGGAGGGGGGGGGUGAAGUCCUGACAUGUCUAUGGUGAGUUUUGUUUAGCAGGACAGAGAUACAGAGAGCUAAGAGGUAAAUUCUUUCAUAUGUAAAGACUGUAAAUGAUUGAGGCUUAAUUUUUCCUUUUUCUUAAACCUGUGCUACCCCUUUUACUAAAAGGCUGACACUCACACUUACACAGGAAAGGCACUCUUGGGAAUGAACUGAAAUAAGUAAUUAUCAAGCUCUCCAGGGUGCUGAGGGGAUUAGCUCAUUUCAGAUCCAGAACCGAAUUUAAAUAUGCAGAGCAAAUCAUGACAGUAGCUUGAGACUUGCCUGGGAGGGUAGCGACCCUAUCAACGAUCUUUCUGGUAAGUGUCUUUACCUUCAAAUCCCUGCACAAGUUGCUUGACAUGUGGACCCACCAAUCUGGUUUCUGCCUUCGAAAAGUGGGUAAACAUGCCAAGUUCUCUCCAGACCCCUUUUGCAGCUGCCCAAACAGAGGCACACCGUCCUCGGAACUCGGAAAAACGUGCCAUUUUUAACAUUCAAGGGGGAGAGGGAAGAUCAAGGGUGCCUGUGAAUAUAAACUAAGGUAAGACCUUCGAACAAAUCCACCCCGGAACACCCUGAAUGCUUUCUUUAUCUACGAAUGUCACAUAAUUGGUUUGAGAGAGCAACAGUAAAAGUCUCAAGGAAGUAAAGUUUUCAAGACACCCCUAACACUUUUUUUUUAAUCAAAACCUCUUUCCCAUGCAUUAUCAGGUUCAUCCUUUGCUCUGUUUUCUUCCAUGUUCUUUAGAGCAAUUUUGCUACUUGACAACUAGACUUAAAGCUGCCAUAGACUUAAAAAUCUAAUCUUUG